AUGUACCCGAUCCCAGCAGACUCGACGGUCCAGAGGCCGCCGGGACGCCCUACAGCGCCACGAAGCCAGCCCUUCAAGCGUGUCGCCGACCCCGACCUCGUCGUCAGGUCCUGCCUGACGCUCUCCUCCGCCUUCCGCCAAAUAUACGCAGGAAACGCCAAAGACCAAAACUACGAGACUCUUUACAGGUGCACUUACAAUGUGGUCCGUGUCGGCCAUGGCGGUGAGGCGCUCUACACCCAGGUCGCGACCACCAUGGCGGCGGAGGUGGAGAAGCUCGCGGGGUCUCUCGACAGCACCGCCUCCGCGCCGGACGAUCACUUCCUGCAGGAGCUGCUUAGCAGGUGGAAGACACACAGCAAUGCCGUCGAAAUGAUCAGCGACGUGGUAAUAUACAUGGACCGGACGUUUGUCCUGCAGAGGCACAAGGCGCCCGUCAGUGAGCUGGGCCUCAGGGCGUGGCGCGACGGUAUGCUCCGCCCAGAUGGUGGUGAGGUACUGGGACCUCACCAGGAUGCAUCGGCUACUCGGGCGCGUCCAGGGCGGCGUGCCAGCGAUGAGGGACUGCAUGAAUGCUCACUUCCAAGAGAUCAGGAACACGGCGGGCGACGACGAGCGGUUGCUGUCACGUGAGAAGGAGAGGUACGGGGAGAUGAUC